CGCUCAAAUUCAGCUUCCACAACAAAAUGGCAAGUGCCAUAAGGUGGAAGUUGUUGAAAAAUAUCUCUACAGAAAGACUGUGCAGAAGUUACGAUAUAAAGGUUCCCGUUCCCCAGUUCUCACUCCUCUUCCGACACGGCACUUCAGUCUUUACCAUCACUCCUGUCUUUACCCUUACUUCUCGAUUUCUCUCAUCUCCUUUACCGACUACUGGGUCUUAUUAACAUGGCUCCCGUCUGGUCUGUCCUGCUCGGGCUUCUGCCCCUCGUCUCGGCUCAAGGUUGUCCCUUUUCCAAAAGAGGCUCGACCUCAGAUCUCUUCGUCCGACAGGGCGGUGACGAACCCUCUCUAACCACUCUCCAAACCUCUUUCGGCAAAUGCCCAAAGAUCAGCGAUGCAGCUGGUGGUGGCACUCGGAGUCACGACUGGUGGCCGUGUCAACUCAGGCUGGAUGUGCUCCGUCAAUUUUCACCUGAGCAGAACCCUCUUGGUGGAAACUUCGAUUAUGCUGCCGCGUUCGCUACUCUGGAUUACAAAAGGCUCAAGGAAGACAUCAAGGAUCUUUUGAGCAAUUCGCAGUCUUGGUGGCCAGCAGACUUUGGUACCUAUGGUGGUCUGUUCAUUCGUUUGGCUUGGCAUAGCGCAGGUACCUACCGCGCGGUAGAUGGACGAGGUGGUGGUGGUAUGGGUCAACAACGUUUCGCUCCACUGAACAGUUGGCCCGACAAUGCAAAUCUCGACAAGGCACGACGCCUGCUGUGGCCCAUCAAACAAAAGUAUGGCAAAGCCAUCUCAUGGGCUGAUUUGCUCCUUUUAGCUGGUAACACUGCCCUAGAGGAGAUGGGAUUUCCCGUCCUCGGAUUCGGCUUUGGACGUCCCGAUACGUGGCAGUCGGAUGAGAGUGUUUUCUGGGGAGCUGAGACAACCUUUGUUCCUCAAGGAAAUGAUAUCCGAUAUAAUGGGAGCACUGAUUUCGUUGGCCGUGCUACUCACCUUGAAGAACCACUUGCCGCUACUCAUAUGGGUCUCAUCUAUGUCAACCCCCAAGGACCUAAUGGCAACGGUGACCCUAUGAUGUCCGCACUUGACAUUCGAGAGGCUUUCGGCCGCAUGGGCAUGAACGAUUCCGAGACGGUUGCCUUGAUUGCUGGAGGGCAUGCUUUUGGCAAAGCUCACGGCGCUUCUAGCACCGCUUUGGGUCCCCCUCCUGAAGGCGGCUCUCUUGAACAGCAGGAUUUCGGUUGGGCCAACAGCUUUGGUACUGGCAAUGCAGAUGAUGCCAUAACCAGCGGACUGGAAGUGAUCUGGUCCAAGACUCCCACUAAGUGGAGCAAUGAUUAUCUGAAAAGUCUUUUCCACAACACAUGGACAUUAGUCAAAAGCCCAGCCGGCGCUCUUCAAUUCGAGGCACUCAACAGUACCGUUGAUUACCCAGAUCCUUUCAAUGGAGCCGCCCGCCAUGCCACUAUGCUAGUCAGCGAUCUUGCACUCCGUGAAGAUCCUAUCUACGGUGCUAUUGCCGGAGCAUGGGCAAGCAACUUCACCCUUCUCACUGAUGCCUUUGCAAACGCAUGGUUCAAGCUCCUCCAUCGUGAUAUGGGUCCCAUUUCUCGCUACCUUGGCCCCGAGAUUCCUCAACAACAAUUCAUCUGGCAAGAUCCCCUCCCUAAAGUGAACUACCCUUGUAUCACGCCUAGCGACGAAGCUACUCUGAAGCAACAAAUCAUUUCCACUCCCGGCCUGACUGUUGAGAACUUGGUCUCGGUAGCAUGGGGCUCUGCUUCAACCUUCCGUGGUGGCGACAAGCGAGGAGGUGCUAACGGUGCUCGCAUUGCUUUACAGCCUCAAGCAUCAUGGGCAGUGAACAACCCCAAGCAAUUGCAGAAAGUGCUAUCUAAAUUGACCACGAUCCAAACCGCAUUCAACAGCGCCAACCAUGGAGGCAAGCAAGUCUCCCUCGCCGACCUCAUCGUCCUCGGUGGAAAUGCCGCCAUCGAAAAAGGUGCUGCUGCGGCCGGCUACACCAACGUCACCGUCCCCUUCACAGCCGGCCGAGUCGACGCCACACAGGCCGACACAGACAUCACAACCUUCGAAUACCUGAACCCCCAAGGCGACGGCUUCCGCAACUACCGCAACUACACCGGCUGGUCCCUCGCCCGCACCGAAGAACUCCUAGUCGACAAAGCCCAACAACUGACCCUCACGGCCCCCGAGAUGACCGUCCUCGUCGGCGGAAUGCGCGCCCUGAACGCCAACUUCGAUAACUCGGCCACCGGCAUCCUGACCGCUGAACCAGGCACUCUUACCAACGAUUUCUUCGUCAACUUAGUGGAUAUGAGGACCGUGUGGACUGCGGACUCUACUGGAGAGCUGUUCACGGGCAAGGAUCGCACGACGGGGAAGACGAAGUGGACGGCUACGCGCGCGGAUCUUGUGUUUGGGUCCCAUGCUGAGUUGAGGGCUAUUGUUGAGGUUUAUGCGCAGGCUGGCGGGAAGGACCAGGUGGUGUCUGAUUUUGUGGCUGCUUGGGCUAAGGUCAUGGAUUUGGAUCGUUUUGAUGUUAAGAAGUAGAGGGCUUUGUGCUGUUGUUGUUUAUUUGACUUCUUCUGAUUAGAUUAAUAGUAAUUCAGUUUUAUGUCUUAAGUUUUGCUUGGGAGGUGUUUGUCAUCUUUGAAAGCCAGAAAUACCGAUUCAGUUCCGUUUCCAUUCAACGCUUAGA